CACUGCUCCAAAAGCAGCCGUGAACGCCUUCUGAGUUCUUUCUUCUUCUUUCAAAUUCCCUGGCGGUAGCAGUGCGAUCACCAUCGCUCCGAUCUCAAUUGCCUAUCCUCAAUUGUAUCCAAACCCUAAAACCAACACCCACACUCUCUGCUUCACUCAAACUGAAACCCACAAGUCUCCUAACCCGCAAGCGAAACCCCUGCGAAUCACUGUAAUCGCCACCGAAGUCCUCAACUUGUCGCCAUGUCGACUAAAACAAAGGCCACCACGGUUGAGAUAAUAGAAUUCUCGUAAUAAUUUAGAGGUAAGUUUUUUUGAAAGCUGCCCUCAUCCCGCCCUAGCAGCCCAGUACGAAAAACAUUUUGAAUUCAAAUACAUUCCGUUCAGUAAUCGGUAACGGGUCUGACUCAUCGACUUCAUGCGGGUUCAGAUUCAAUCUCUGAACUGUCUUUUCGAAAUCAGAGCCAUCUUCUGUCCCACAUUUUUGGUAAACAUUUCUCCAAUCCUUGGGGUAAGGUUUUGUUAAACCCUUCUGGAAGAAGUUCCAUUUUCUCUGUAAAUCAAUGACAUUCUCUUUAAUCCCUCGAUUUCUUUCAUCCACCAUUCGAGCCAAAAGACCCUUCCUUUCAAUCCUGAACUUCAGCACUGCUUCAUCCGCAGAGAAGUACUGGGAUCACCUGCAGAAAAAUCGUGGUAACAUCGAAAAAACCCUAGCAACUGUUCAGGCUAAACUGGACUCUUCAUGUGUUAUUCGUGUCUUGCAUAGAUGUUCCGUUGAUCAGUCUACCCUGGGUCUCAGGUUUUUCAUAUGGGCUGGCGUCCAGUCAAAUUAUAGACACAGUUCUUACAUGUACAGCAAAGCUUGUAAAUUAUUAGAAAUUAAUCGGAACCUGCAGUCUAUCUCUGAUGUUCUUGAAGCUUAUAGAGUCGAGGGGUGUUUGGUUACGGCUAAGACAUUUAAAGUGGUUUUGAAUUUGUGCAGAGAAGCUAAGCUUGCCAAGGAGGGCCUGUGGGUGCUGAUGAAAAUGAGGGAAUUUAAUUGUCAUCCAGACACGGCAGCAUAUAAUGUUGUUAUUAGGCUGUUUUGUGAGAAGGGUGAUAUGGAUGUGGUGGCCGGGUUAAUAAAAGAGAUGGUUCUGAUUGAUCUUUACCCUGAUAUGAUUACAUAUAUUGCAAUGAUUAAAGGGUUUUGUAAUGUGGGGCAGUUGGAGGAUGCUUAUGGGUUGUUUAAGGUCAUGAGGGGACAUGGAUGUCUGCCUAAUGCAGUGACAUACUCGGCACUUCUUGAUGGGUUUUGUAGGUUUGGGACGACAGAGAGGGUGUUGGAGUUGUUGGAGGAGAUGGAGAAAGAGGGUGGUGAGUGUAGCCCAAACGUUGUUUCUUAUACAUCUGUGAUUCAAUCCUUCUGCGAGAAGGGUCAGUUGGCAGAGGCACUGGGCAUUUUGGAUCACAUGGAAGCUCGUGGUUGCGCUCCAAAUCGGGUCACAGUUAGUAUUCUGGUCAAGGGCCUUUGUGCAGAGGGGCGUGUGGAGGAGGCCUAUAAGCUGAUCGAUAAAGUUGUUGCAGGAGGGAGUGUUUCAAAUGGUGACUGUUAUAGUUCUCUUGUGGUGUCUCUGUUGAGGAUUAAGAGACUUGAUGAAGCAGAGAAGCUCUUUAGGAGAAUGUUAGCUAGUGCAGUGAGGCCUGAUAGUCUGGCAUGUAGUAUUUUGAUUAAGGAGCUUUGUUUGGAGGGACGGGUGCAAGAUGGCUUUAGCUUAUAUGAUGAAAUUGAGAAGAAGGGAUUCUUGUCUUCCAUUGACUCCGAUAUUUAUUCUAUUCUUUUAGUUGGACUCUGUGAACAGAGUCAUUUGGUGGAAGCUGCAAAGCUUGCUAGGCUAAUGUUAGAGAGAGGGGUUUGUUUGAAGGCUCCCUAUGUCGACAAUGUCGUUGAACAUCUGAAAAAAUUGGGAGACAAGGAUCUAAUUAUGCACUUGACUAGGACUGGACACUGAUUGACAAGAUUUCAUCCAUCUUGAAGACCAUUGUCUCUUAACUUUGAACAGUUGUAAUUUGUCACAUCCUGGAAAAUUUCUAAUCCAGGAGAAACAUACCCAUUGUUGGAGUGCAAUUGGUAGUGGUAUUUGGUAAAUCACCAGACGGAGGGACAAUUGAACAAGCCAAGAUAUUUGAAGAGAUUUACCUUUACUCAACUCCAAUGUGCCCUAGGUUUGAAUAAUAAAGUGCUAAGAGGUGCAAGUCCUAUUUCAGUAUCGUGGCAUGCUAGGCACCUGCUCAUUUCCUUCAUAAUUUUUUGGUACUUAAAGACCUCAGUCAUUAUCCUAUUACAUGCUCAUAUUUCCAUUA